UUAACAGUGCGGUACCUGAAUGGCCUCUCGAGGACAAGGAGCGCGAUCUAUUAACUUACUUCAGCACGUCCACGGCAAUUCGGAGAUCGACUGGGACUCUUAAUUGUAACUGCAUCAAUGUCAGGGUUCAAGUACCACUUGUGGUUGCCAGUGGCUGUGGGUGUCAUGUUUGUGGGUCUCCCAUACUCCAUCUCUCUGGCUGCCCAGUUGAUGCUUGGCUGGCCCAGCAAACCUGGAUAUAAAAAAUACUUAGAGGCUGUAAAACCAAGACGGAUUUACUGCAUUACAAGAGCUGUGUUGGAGUCACUGAAAUGCCUGCAAUAUGGGAGACUUUACUUACAGCUGAAGUCAUGGUAUGAAAAUGACAAGAACAGAAUGCAUUAUGAAAAGGGCAUCGCGUUCGGUCGGCGUGGGAACAAGCUUGACUUGUACCACCCUCCCGGGUUGGCAAAGUCUGGAGAUAUGGCUGCGCCACCGCCACUGGUGUUAUUUGUCUACGGCGGUGCUUGGUCCUCCGGAGAACGAUACGUUUACUGUCUGCUGGCCCGACACCUGACUGAAGAACUCAAUGCAACUGUCGUUUGUCCUGACUACACUACCUAUCCAAAGAUGAACGUUUUAGGAAUGGUACAAGAUAUUGCAGACUGCCUGAUUUGGGCUCAAGAGAGUGGACCCCAAUUUAACUUUGACAAAGACAACAUCGUUUUAAUUGGCCAUUCGGCAGGUGCACAUUUGUGUGCACUGACCACGCUGUUUCUCAUCGAUGCAAGGGAAGAGCUUUUUAUUGAGGCGAGCAAGCAGCAGGACCUGGCGUCGAUGAUCAAAGGAGUCAUCGGACUCAGUGGUGUGUAUAACAUCAUGGAGCAUUACGAGUACGAGCAGAAACGAGGAGUGGAAUAUGUCUCGGCCAUGCAUAAAGCCAUGAAUGGAGUGGAGAACUUCCCAUACUAUUCACCCACGCACUGGUUGGAGACAUUCGACCAGGACAAACUGAGCAGAGUGCCUCCAUUUACUUUGAUCCACGGGACCAGUGACGUCAUGGUUCCGGCAGAAGCUUCCGCCAAGUUCUCUGAGCGCCUCACCUCACUGUCCGUGAAGGCGUCUCUGUAUGUGUUGUCCGAGGUCGACCACAUGGAGAUGAUCACUGACCUCAUGGCGGCCGAGCGACGCUUCUAUCACGCCAUCUACAGCUGCAUUAAACACGAAUAUAGGAAACUUGUGGACAUCAGCUAACCUCACAUCCGGUGAUUGGAAGACUAUUUUUUAAAUUUUACUGGUUUUUAAUAUUUUUAUAUUAUAGCUUAUAUGUGGCUUUGUAUUUUAUCAAUCAGUAUUCCAUUCGUUUUACAUAAUUCAUGCUAAAUUACGAGUAUAUCUGUUAUUGAUUCAACCCCAAUACUGUCAAGUAAAAGUGCAAUAUAUGCUCUGGUUUUCAUCCUGAAAUGUAAUUAGUAUAGUGCUGGUCCUGAAUUAUGAAUAGCUUGUCUGUACUGUAUCUGCCCUGCGAUUGGCUGGUGACCAGUUCAGGGUGUACCCUGCCUCCCGCUCAAUCAGCUGGGAUAGGCCCCAGCUCACCUGUUACCCCAAUUAGGAUAAGCACAAGAAGUACAGAAAAUGGAUGGCUGGAUGGAUAGAUACAUAUGGUAUGAACACACCGACCAAGUACGUGUUUCUAAAUUCAAAUGUUGUCCCAUGCACUUUAUUUUCAGUAUUUAUUGAGUCCACAGUUUAAACCUACAAACAUUGUUUUCCUUGCAUGUAGGAUGAAAGUAAAUCUCUGAAAUUUAGUUCAUCUAAAUAUACUUCUGAUUAUGGUGAGACUGUCUGUGUACCGGCGGCACGGUGGCCGACUGGUUAGAGCGUCAGCCUCACAGUUCUGAGGAGCCAGGUUCAAUCCCCGGCCCCGCCUGUGUGGAGUUUGCAUGUUCUCCCUGUGCCUGCGUGGGUUUUCUCCGAGCACUCCGGUUUCCUCCCACGUCCCAAAAACAUGCAUUAAUUGGAGACUCUAAAUUGCCCGUAGGCAUGACUGUGAGUGCAAAUGGUUGUUUGUUUCUAUGUGCCCUGCGAUUGGCUGGCAACCAGUUCAGGGUGUACCCCGCCUCCUGCCCGAUGAUAGCUGGGAUAGGCUCUAGCACGCCCGCGACCCUCAUGAGGAGAAGCGGCUCAGAUAAUGGAUGGAUGGAUGGAUGUCUGUGUACCUUAAUUACUUAAGGCACUAUACAAGAUACAAUGGGCGGCACGGUGGACGACUGGUUUGAGCGUCAGCCUCACAGUUCUGAGGACCGUGGUUCAAUCCCCGGCCCCGCCUGUGUGGAGUUUGCAUGUUCUCCCCGUGCCUGCGUGGGUUUUCUCCGGGCACUACGGUUUCCUCCCACAUCCCAAAAACAUGCAUGAAUUGGAGACUCUAAAUUGCCCAUAGGUGUGAAUGUGAGUGCGAAUGGUUGUUUGGUUGUAUGUGCCCUACGAUUGGCUGGCGACCAGUUCAGGGUGUACCCCGCCUCCUCCCCGAUGAUAGCUGGGCUAGGCUCCAGCACGCCCGUGACCCUAGUGAGGAGAAGUGGCUCAGAAAAUGGAUGGAUGGAUGGACAAGAUACAAUGAAUAAAGCUCAUAUUUGAAUUGUUGAAUAAAUAAAUGUACCUAAGGUUUGUGUAAUGUUGGACAAAAACAUGAAGUAGUAAGGGUCGCUAUCAGAAUCAUCUUUAUUUUGCCAAGUAUGUCAAAAACACAAGGAAUUUGUCUCCGGUAGUUGGAGCCGCUCUAGUACAGACAGUCAGUUGACAGAGAAUACUUUUGAGACACAAAGACAUUGAGAAAAAUGUCACUGAGCAAUAAAAGGUUGCUAGUAAUCUGGUAAUGCCAGGUACAAUUCUUUAUUUUUUUUUAUUUUUUUGACAAUUGUUCAAAAAGGUGCAGAGUCCUCGAGCAAUUAGAGCAGUUUGAAUGAUUAAUAGAGCAAUAGUCCGGUGCAAUGACCUUUGUGCAAAGUGCCCUGAGAGUUCAAGAAAUGUAUGCAGUUUAAAGUAACUAGCAUUGCAAUAAUCUGGGACAAUGUUGAUUGUGCAAAUGUUGAAGAUACUACUCAGUCGAUUUUGCAAAUGGUGCAGAUGCUACUAAGGCGCAUCAGUGGCCAGUAUUGGUCAACAACAGAUAUGCAAAUAGUGCAGCGUGGCGAGACUACUACAGUGAGUGCAUGAGUAAUGUAUAAUUUUGCCCGACAGAAAUGUGACAACAAACUCAAGACAGAAAAAUUGGCAGCAUGUUGCAAUGGAAUUGUAAGUUAACUGUUUAAUAAGUUAAUGGCAAGAGGGAAGAAGCUGUUGGAAUGUCUGCUAGUUUUACUUUACAUUGUUCGGUAGCGCCUACCUUAGGGACGGAGCUGGAAGAGCUGGUGACCAGGAUGUGGAGGGUCCAAGAGGAUUUUGCAUGCUCUUGUCUUAGUUCUGGCAGCGUGAAAGUCCUCAAGGGUGGCUAGGAGGGUGCCGACAAGCUUUUCAGCAGUUUUGAUUGUCUGUUGCAGUCGGAGUUUGUCCUUCUUUGAAGCAGCACCAAACCAGAUUGGGAUGGAAAAACACAGGACUGAUUCGAUGACCGCUGUGUAGAACUGCCUCAACAGCUCCUGUGGCAGGCCGUGCUUCCUCAGAAGCUGCAGGAAGUACAUCCUCUGCUGGGCCUUUUUGAGGAUGGUGUUGAUGUUGAGCUCCCACUUCAGGUCCUGAGAGGUCCUGUAAUUCCCAGGAACUUGAAGGUCUUGACAUUUGACACAAGGCAGCUGGACAACGUGAGGGGCAGCUGUGGUGAAGGAUGCCUCCUGAAGUCCACAAUCAUCUCUACAGUCUUGAGCGUGUUCAGCUCCAGGUUGUGUCGGCCGCUCCACAGCUCCAGCCGCUCCACUUCCUAUCGAUACGCAGACUUGUCACUGUAUUUGAUGAGGCCGAUGACUGUGGUGUCAUCUGCAAACUUCAGGAGUUUGACAGCUGGGUGCAUUGAAGUGCAGUCGUUCGUGUAGAGAGAGAAGAGCAGCGGAGAGAGGACACAACCUUGGGGCGCCCCGGUGCUUGUGCGUGUAGAUGAGGUGGUGUCCUCCAGCCUCACCUGCUGUGUCCUGCCCGUCAGGAAGCUGUAAAUCCACUGGCAGAUGGCAGGCGAGAGGCUGAGCUGGAGAAGCUUGGAAGAGAGAAGUUCGGGGAUGAUGGUGUGGAACUCAGAGCUGAAUUCCACGAACAGGACCCUCGCGUAGGUCCCCGCGCCGUCGAGGUGUUCUAGGAUGAAGUGCAGUCCGAUGUGGACUGCAUCAUCCUCAGACCUGUUUGCUCGGUAGGCAAACUGCAGGGGGUCCAGCAAGGGACUUGUGACGCUCUUGAGGUGGUCCAGCACGAUGCCUUCAAAGGACUUCAUGACCACAGAUGUCAAGGCGACAGGCCUGUAGUCAUUCAGUCCCGAGAUUGCAGGUUUCUUGGGUACUGGGAUGAUGGUGGAGCGUUUGAAACAUGAAACUAUGUUUGUAGACCUACUCUAAUAAAUAAAUCAUUGAUCCAUGAAUGUUGACCAGGACUGCAUUUGUAUUUAUUUAUUUAUUUAUUUAUUUUUUACAGAUUGUGAAAUUAAUGUGCAUC